CCAGACUAAGGCCUGGUGAAGGGACUGUCGGGAUAGUAGGAAGUGAGGACCGGGGAAGGGGAGUGGUUCAGGGCUGAUGCGCACCGCACCACGCACCAGCUCUGCUCCCCUCGGUGUGGCCCUCAGACGCACAGCCGCGACCAUGCCCCUCCACGUGAGCCUCGCCAACGGCAACCGGGACCUGGACUACGACUUGGUGCAGCCAUACUUCAUGUGCGACGAUGAGGAGGAGGACGUGCACCAGCAGCCGCCGCAGCCGCCCGCGCCCAGUGAGGACAUCUGGAAGAAAUUCGAGCUGCUGCCCACGCCGCGCCCGUCCCCGGGCCACGCCGGCCUCUACUCGGCUCCCAGCGAGGCGGUCGCCGCGUCUUUCAACCCCAGGGAACAGGACGAUGAUAGCUUCUUCACCGCAGACCUGCUGGAGAUGGUGCCCGAGCUGCCUGGAGGAGACGCCGUGAAGCACAGCUACGUCUGCGACCCGGACGACGAGACCUUCGUGAAGAACAUCAUCCUGCAGGACUGUAUGUGGAAUGGCUUCUCGGCCUCCGCCAAGCUGGUCUCCAAGCUGGACCCCUACCAGGCUGUGCGCAAAGAAGGCGCCAGCGCGAGCCCGGCCGCCGACACUGAUCCUGCUACGCCUCCAGACUGCACCUGCAAUACCUGAGCGCACAGCACUGGGCCUUGGGACUGUAAGCUUCAGCCAUGUUAUCGGCCUCAAAUUCCGGGCAUAAAAGACCCCCCUCCCCCUUUUCUUUUUUAAAGCUUGCCAUCCUUCCUCACUCCCCUUAACAGAUUUGUAUUUGUUUAGUAAGAAUAUCUUAAAGUUUAUCAAUUUUCCAAUGUCAACUGGACCCUUAAAAUGUAAAUAACGUCAAUAAAACGUUUUAUCAGUUGUACCAGAUGUUAAGAUAUGAAGUAUAAAAGUAUAUUUUCCUUUUAAAAGUAGAUUCGUUUCUAUUGUUUUAAGGAAAACAAAAUAAUUGGCAAAUAUACUGAGCCCACGCUAAAAAAAAAAAAAAGCCUUAUGAAAUCCAAUAAAUAAGCAAAUAAAUAAACUAACAAACCAAGAAGCUACAGUAAAUACAGAAAAUUAAAAGUAUGCUAGUAGUAAAAAAGAGGAAAUUUAUGGGACUGAAAAGGAAAAAUAAAAUGAACAAAAGAGAAAAAGACGAAAGAUUGCCCAAUAAUGAAACAAAU